AUGAUUGUGCAGGUUCUAUUUAUUUUGAUUAUUAUAUUUUUAAUUACUUAUUUUCAAUACAUGUGGAGAGUUUACUCUUAUUGGAAAAUCAGAGGAGUCGUUGGACCAAAACCAUACCCAUUUGUGGGAAACUACAAAACUGUUAUGUUCCGAGAAGAAUCUGAAGGAGAUUUUUUGAAGAAAUUAUAUGAUCAGUAUCCAAACGAAAAGUUCAUUGGAAUAUACAAGGGAAUACGACCGGUUCUUAUAAUUAGAGAUCCUUACUAUAUCAAAUGUGUGUUAAUAAGAGAUUAUGAUAGUUUUCGUGACAGAUGUCUGGAAAGCCCAUUGCGAAUGUUCGAUAGAAGCUUGUUUAUUAUGAAAGGAGGCGCACGGUGGCACGCCAUGAGAACAAGUCUAUCACCGAGUUUUGCCAAAUCCAAGUUGGUCCGAAUGGUUCCAUAUAUUCAAAAAGGUACAGACAAAUAUGUGCAAUACGUAGACUAUUUAAUUAGCAACAAUAUUGAACAUGAAAUCCGUGACUUAAUGAGCAAAUGCAUGACAGAAAUUAUUGGAAAUGUUGUAUUUGGUGUAGAGCUGGAAGUAUUCAAAAGUAAUAACGAGUUUCAGGAUGCUAUAAAUAAAGUACUGAAUCCCCAACUGCAAGCCUCGUUGCUUCACGCCUCUUCAUUCAUAUGUCCACAUGUGGUACAACUGAUUGUGCCUCUAAUAAAACGAGAAUUCGAAAAGAGGUUGUAUAAUGCGUUCAGAAAAUUUGUUACAUCGCUGAUUUAUCAACCUAGGGGUAAUAAAAACGAGAGUCCAAUAUUCAUUGAUGCUUUGGUGGACUUGAAAGAAAACUGCAAAGUGAAACAUGGUCGGGAAGUACCAGAUAUAGAUGAUGACGAUGUUGUACAGCAGUGCUUGACCUAUUGUCUGGCGACCUAUGAGUCAACCUCUGGUGUCCUCUCGUUCAUGGUGCACGAACUCGCACACAACCCGCACAUUCAAAACAAAUGCUAUGAAGAAAUCAUGACAGUUCUUGAGAAACAUGACGGGCCACUCACACUUGAGGCUUUGAAUGAAAUGAAAUAUUUGGAAAUGACAUUGGAUGAGACAAUGAGGCUACACCCCACUCCGCAUUGCAUUGAUCGAAAGUGUUCUUCUAAAUAUACAUUACCUGAUACAAAUAUAACGGUAGAUAAAGGCACCUUUAUCUUCAUACCUGUUCAUGGACUGCACCGUGACCCGAAGUACUACGAAAAUCCUUACGUGUUUGAUCCGGAGAGAUUUCUUCCUGAAAACAAAGCUAAAACAGAACCGUAUGUUUAUUUACCUUUUGGAGAUGGACCUAGAACGUGUUUAGGUCUUAGACUCGGGAAGAUAUUACUACUAGCGGUGAUGUCUUCAUUUCUGCAGAAGUUCAAAGUAUCUCCUUGUGCUAAAAGCAAGCCGAUAAGAUACGAUCCAGAAAGACAGCUGGCUACCACCGCUAUUGGAGGAGUGUGGGUCAACAUCGAACCGAGAAGUUAAUUUCUAG